CGCGCUCGCUCCGCGCUCCGCCAUGGCUGCGGCGGCCGCCGCCGGCUCCCUGCUGCUGCUGCUGGUGCUGCUGGGGCUGGCGCUGCCGAGCGGCAGCGCGCUGCACACCAAGGGCUCCGUGCCGCUCGACACCGUCACCUUCUACAAGGUGAUUCCAAAGCACAAGCACGUCCUUGUGAAAUUUGAUACCCAGUAUCCUUACGGUGACAAACAAGAUGAGUUUAAAAAGCUGGCGGAGAGCUCAGGCUCCAGCGAAGAUCUUCUGGUGGCUGAAGUAGGAAUAUCAGAUUAUGGUGAUAAACUGAACACUGACCUGGGUGAAAAAUACAAGCUGGAUAAGGACAAAUACCCCAUUUUUUACUUAUUCCAAGACGGUGACUUUGACAACCCCUUACCUUACAYGGGGGAAGUCAAAGUUGGGGCUAUUCAGCGCUGGUUGAAGAGCAAUGGCAUCUACCUGGGCAUGCCAGGCUGCCUGAAGGAGUACGAUGUGCUGGCCAGCAAGUUCGUGAGCACCUCGGAAAAGUCAGAACGUGAAGCCCUGCUGAAGAAGGGGCAAGAAACUCUAGCAAAAACAAAAGAAACCGAUAAGAAGUCAGCCGAGCAAUACUUGAAAAUUAUGAGCAAGAUAGUGGAGCAGGGAGAAGAAUUUGCUGCUAAUGAAGUUGUCCGAAUCACCAAACUGAUUGAGAAGAACAAAAUGAGUGAUGGGAAGAAGGAGGAGCUCCAGAAAAGUCUCAAUAUCCUUGCUUCCUUCCUGAAAAAGAAUAAUGAAAAAGAUGAGCUCUAGCGUGUUGGAGAACUUUGUACAAGCUGUGAAACAUGGGCAGAAUCCCAACCAGUUCUCCUUAUACAGGCAACUUCCUCCUGGCUUCAAGAGAGCAGCAGAUUUCCUUCUGAAAUUCUCCAUUCAUUAGAAGAUAAGCGAAAAACGUUCCUCAAAAGAAAAAAAAAAUCAAAUAUUUUAAAAGUUACCUUAAAGCAAGAUGUCAGUAUUGUGUAAUACUAUUAAAAAACAGUGUUAAAGUAGACAGAAGAGCACUGGAUUGGCCUGAAGCACAUUCCUGGUGAUUUUUUACAGCUGUUCCCUUGCAAAACUUGGUCUCACAUUCCUUCUUAAUGUUUAAAAAGGUACAAAAGGGCUUGGUGCCUGUCUCAUUCCCACCUUUCCCUGUUUUUUUAGUGUCUGCUUUAUUUUCUUAAGUUUUCUCAUCCUCAUAUCUGCUCUUUUCCCAAUACUGCGUGUUGUUGACUAAGUGACAGUUUUCCCUGUUCUUUUUCUGAUUUUUCCCUCYGUGGUUUCCGUCUCUGAAACCUUUUUGAUACCCUGACAGAGUGAAGGACUUAAGUCCUAAGCAAGGUGCUAUUACGCUUAGACUUGCCCUGGUUUAUGCAGAACUGUGAUUUUUAUUUUUAUUUUCCCAAAAGCUUAUACCUUAGGCAAAUUCAGGCGACUCUCCUGUGAAAAGCACAUCUGCUGCCUAUAUAUUUUU